CUGAGGAUUACCGCCCGCACUGGGCGGUAGAGCCAUCUUCAGCCGCCGGUAGUACAGCAGCAGAAAUCGGGCCCGUUGCGUUUGCGGUGUUUCCAUCUCGAUGACCCGGUCUGCCAGAUACAGGCAGGUAGAGAGGUGACUUCAUGAUGGCUAUGUUAACGGCUGGAAAACGAACGAUUCUGCUACUGUCCAGAUGCUCAAAAUCGUUUUUGACUGCCAUUGAAGAAUCUAGAGCAAAGGCGUUCAAUCACUAUGGAACGAUAGGCAUCACAUGUAAUUUCAACCAAUCUGUGAAGCUCAUAUCGGAUAGCUCAAUCGUCAAGCAAUUGCUUAAGAGGAAUGAUAAACGCAGAUCGAACGCAAUCCCAAUAUCUUGUUUUCACACUCAGCUCGAGAUUAACAAGAACCGGGAGCACAACAUCGAUCCAUACAAACUGUUGGAGGAUGAGCUGAAGUACAUCUACGUUGAUAUAAGGCAGGAAAUCAGUCGUGCAACCACUCAUCAAGAACUACACAAAAUGGCCUCAUACUACUUGGAUGGACAGGGCAAAGCAUUCCGCCCGAUGGUUACAAUACUGAUGGCGAAGGCACUAAACUGCCACACUCUAAAUGCAAACCAAAGUACAGCAACUGCUCAGCGACAGAUCGCGAUGGUUGCGGAAAUGAUUCACACCGCCAGCCUAGUGCACGAUGACGUCAUCGACCAGUCAUUUGCUAGACGGGGCAAACCGAGUGUCAACGUACUGUGGAACCACAAACAGCUGGCACAGGCCGGUGACUACAUUCUUGCCGUUGCCUCGAUGCUGCUGGCCCGUCUAAAACACGACGAAGUAACGCUGAUCAUUAGCCAAGUGUUGACCGAUUUGGUGCAGGGCGAGUUCAUGCAGCUCGUCGCGACGGAGUCCGAAAACGAUCGCUUUGCACAUUAUUACACGAAAACGUACAGGAAGACAGCAUCCUUGAUAGCCAACAGUUUGAAGGCAGUUGGAGUAGUGUCGGGCGCAGACACUCGUAUGGUUCAGCUAAGCUAUCAAUAUGGACGUAAUAUUGGGCUUGCGUUUCAACUGUUGGAUGAUUUGCUGGAUUUUGUAUCAAGCUCGGAAGAGAUAGGCAAGCCGGUAGCGGUCGAUUUGAAGCUCGGUCUUGCCACUGCUCCGGUACUGUUCGCCAGCGAAGAGUUUCCCGAGCUCAACCCUAUGAUACGCCGUCACUUUCGUGGACCGGGUGACGUUGAGCGAGCCUACGAACUGGUACACCAGUCGCAAGGGCUUGAAGAGACGCGGUUCCUCGUCCGUAGACACUGCCACGAGGCCCAACGACUUGCAUCGCGGCUGGACGAUUCGCCCUACCAGAAGGGUCUCAUCGUGGUCACUGACUUGCUGCUCAACCGGAUGAAGUAGUUGCAGAUAGGAAAUCAAAUUAGUAACUAAGAAAG